ACGUCUGACGCACAUUUUGGUGGCGGAGCGCGGCAAAUCUGGCCACGGGAAGCUAACGUAGGACUUCCCUACAACUCUAAAAGUGUUUCACCGCAGGUUUACGUAAAAUUAAGAGUUGUCAGGAGACAUGGAUUCGACAAGUAAACCGACGUUACAGUCCAGAAAUUUACCAUGGGUUGAGAAAUACAGACCAGACACACUCGAUGCCCUGAUCUCACACAAAGAUAUUCUGAGCACCAUCCAGAAGUUUAUCAGCGAGGACAAACUUCCCCACCUCCUGUUCUACGGCCCCCCAGGAACCGGCAAAACGUCCACCAUCCUCGCCUGCGCCAAGCAGCUCUUUAAGGGCAAAGAGUUCAACUCCAUGGUGCUGGAGCUUAACGCCUCAGACGACAGAGGCAUCGACGUCGUACGAGGUCCCAUCAUGAGUUUUGCCAGCACCAGGACCAUCUUCAAGAAGGGCUUUAAGUUGGUGAUACUGGACGAGGCCGAUGCCAUGACCCAGGAUGCCCAGAAUGCAUUGCGGCGAGUCAUCGAGAAGUUCACAGAAAACACCCGGUUCUGCCUGAUCUGUAACUACCUGUCUAAGAUCAUCCCUGCGCUCCAGUCUCGCUGCACCAGGUUCCGCUUCGGUCCUUUGUCCCCGGACCAGAUGAUCCCCCGACUGGAGCACGUGAUCCAGCAGGAGAGCAUCGACAUCUCUCCGGAUGGAAUGAAGGCCGUAGUGAACCUGUCGUCGGGCGACAUGAGGAGAUCACUCAACAUACUGCAGAGCACCACGAUGGCGUACGGGAAAGUGACGGAGGACACGGUGUACACCUGCACGGGACACCCCCGCCGCUCAGACAUAGCCAACAUCCUGGACUGGUGCCUCAACAAAGACUUCACCACAGCGUACAACCAAAUCCUGCAGCUGAAGACUCUGAAAGGUUUGGCUCUGCACGACAUCCUCACCGAGGUUCAUCUGCUCGUACACAGAGUGGACUUUCCUCCGAUCAUCCGACUCAAUCUGCUCAUCAAGUUAGCCGACAUCGAGCACCGACUCGCCUCGGGAACCAACGAGAAGAUCCAGCUGAGCUCCAUGGUGGCAGCUUUCCAGGCCGUGAGGGACCUGGUGGUCAGCGAAGCGUCCUAGCGCCGAGACGGACGUCUGCAGAAGAAACGCGCCACGGACACGCGAAGAGAAAUGUUUUACAGGUUCUGUUUCCAACCACACGGUCACGUACCGGCUCAUAUUUUACUAACCUCAUUCUCAAUCUGUGCUGCACCAGUUUGCAGCUCUGGACACUUAAAAUAAGAUGUUGGAUUCUUCUCUUCACUGUCACCAAGUAUUUCAUCCAUCCAUCCUCAUAAUAAGAAUAAUAAUGACUUAAACAUGUAAAUGUGUUUUCAUGUGUUUAAUAAAACUAUUUUCUUUCCUA